GCCAACAACCAAACCAGACCAACAACAACUGGUCUGUGGACGGUCUGGGCGUAAAGGCGUGCAAUAGUUCCACAGGUUGGAAAUUCAUUUUGAAACAAAACGUGUUCCUUGAAAAUGGUGUUUCGAGACUGUUAGUUAAAAAAGAUAAAGAAAAAUGGAUUAUCACGAAGCCUUGUCCACAUUGAUAUCCAACGUUACUGUUAAAUCCAAUUUAUCCACUUGCAGACGAGGGUACCAAUUUUGACGCUAAAGUGGCGCAAAUAAUUGAGGAGGUAAAGCCGCUUCUGUCAGAAGAUGUAAGACGAUCUAUCCAAGAUCUUUCUACGAGAAAACAAUACCUCCACGUGUUAUCAUACAUGUUGCGUGGCGUUAAACGAGAGAACGCAAAGGUAGACUCCGAUGCGCCUCUGAAUCUGAACCAACGUCAUUCUGUAAAACUUGCCGUGGAAUUCGUAAUAUCAAUCGGAAUUAAGCCCUCCCUGCUACCUGGCGUGGGUAUAGAUCUAGAUAAAUGUUGCCCCGCAGCUUCAACAAUUGCUGAAGAAAAAGGCUUGAGCUGUCUGGAGAAAUACGAACGAUUGUGUUUCUCGGCGCACUUGCUCCUAGAUCUUUUCGACGAUCUCAAUUUGCGACCACUCGUACUCCUGCAGGUCGGCCCUCUGAUGGCCGCUCUGCUGCAACUGUCUCACGCUCCGCUGGCGAGACCGUCGAACGCGGUACAGUCCACGGACAUGAAUAAUCAGGAAUUUCGCAUGACAAUGGGAGAGUAUCAGAGGCUGCAGAAUCGUCAAAGGGCAUUUCACGCUAAAUUCCUCUCGCUGUUAAAUGAUUGCCCGCGUAACAUAUUCUUUCGGGAGUUAAUGGUGAUUCGUGGAGUGCAGAACGCACCGAGGUGGCUGAGUAGAGAGGCUCAGAACUAUCUAAUUAAAAUGCUUGUGCAACCGGACGGAGUGUCGUCGUUGAUCGCCGCAAUUUACAACGACGGUUUAGACUUGGGUGCGGAUUGGAGGAAAUUCGACACGAUUUCCCGGCUGAUAGCAGCGGUGCAUGGAAAGAACGUCGACGAAUAUUACGAAGCCGUGUGUCCGCAGAUCUUAGAUCUGUUCUCCUCGGAUAAGUUCAAGCAUGGCUCGACAGUAGCAAACUGCUGUAUUAAAUCUCUGUACGACUACAAUCCACAUGCUUGUCAUAAGUAUAUUAUAGAAGUCGUGUGCGCACCUCUGACAAUGAAGAAAAUGCACGUUGCACAAUCUGAAAAAGAAGUAGGGCGGUGUAUAGAAAUAUUAGCGAAAUGUUUUUUAACAGAAGACGCCAACUUCAAGCGUCUACCGUGCAAAGUUAUCGUGCACGUUGCUACGCCUCUGUUUUGCCUGUACGACAAAGUCCGCGAAAGUGCUUGCGCAUUGAAGAUAAAUUUACGACGAUUGUUAUUGGAAAUCUUGGAGGAAGAGACAACGCGGGAAAAGCUGUAUUCGGCUUUUCUAGGACACGAUACGUCAGCAGAAUUUGGAUAUUAUGUGACGUCGGACUUUGGGCCGACCAGCGGCAUCAAGAUUACUGGUUUGAGUAAAAAUUUGGACUACGAAAGGCUAGCCGAUACCAUUUUCGACCUAGUGUCCACCGCUAAGGACUUGUCUCCAAGCUUAUUUUGUUACAUGUUGAAGUUUCUGUCAAAUCUAAGUAAACAGAGCUGCGACACUGAACAACCGGAAACGCUGGAGACAGAAGACGAUAAAAUAGAACGCAUCGCGGUGCAAUUAGCGGCUCAUAAACUGCUGUCGCAAUUAACCAGCACAAGUACCGUACAAAACGCGCAAGUGACGAAUCCCGAGCCACUGCUGUCGUUUAUAAAAUCGUUGUUCGACGAGUAUACAAAUAGCCGUCUGGACGAGACCGAAGAGAACGAAUGCGAUGUGCUGUACAUCAGUUUGAUGUUGAUAAAAAUGACCCUGGUCGAGAAGAGUGCGGCGGUCAAGAUCGAUCUCUUCAAGGAUUUUCAAAGGUUUCUAGAAGAUCGCGUGAAAAGCUCGAAUAUGCCGACACAACUUAAAUCAAUAAUCAGCGAGGUGGUGGACUGUAUCGCGACGCAUGGUUCCCAGGCAAGAUCCGAGAAGAAAUACUAUCAAGACUUGUCCAGCUCGUCGAAUAAGUUUGACGAAGCCUUGAGGGAUCUCGCGGACCCAUUACUUCCCGUUCGGGCGCACGGUCUCGUGACACUCACGAGACUGAUCGAGACUAAGGAUCCUUACACUGUUGCGCGCAAUGCGAUCGUUUUGCGCCUAUUUCAGGAGAACUUGAAGGACGACGAUUCGUUCGUAUAUCUGGCGUCUAUCAACGGGUUGUGCGCAUUGGCGACUGCAUUCCCAGCAAAAGUCGUAGAAACGCUAAUGCUUGAAUACAUCGAUAUGCCCGAACGCAUCGCGGUUUCGGAAAUAACCGUUGAAACUAGGAUAAAGCUCGGGGAAAUACUAGUCAAGACAACACGAGCCCUGGGUGAAAUGAGUGUGGCUCAAAAAAACACGCUGGUUAACGGUUUUUUGUGCGCAAUCCGCGACACAGAUCCCUUGGUACGAGCCUCCGGUCUCUCUUGCUUGGGCGAACUCUGCAAGGUAUUGAACUACCGUCUGGGAAACAUUCUCACCGAAAUCCUCUACUGCAUCACGUGUAUAUUAAAAUCGGACAAAGUGCCCGAGUGUCGGCGUGCCGCCGUGAUGGUUGCGACGCUUCUGUUCCGCGGCCUCGACCGAGACCUGUUGAGCAGCUGCACCAGCGACAUGGUCGACCUGUACCGCGAGUUGCGCAAUUUGCGCGACGACAAAGAUCCCGUGCUGCAGCUUCACGUUCAGUUAACUCUGGAAGAGGUCGAUCGCAUCAUGCGCGACUAUCUGCUCACGGGACUUCCCACAUCCGGCAAGAAGAUAUCGGACCAGUUGGAUUCGAUGUCCAUUCGGUGAUACGCAAUAAGACGCACAUUUGAUCUUAUGAUCGCUGUUGCACUCAUUAAAAUAAUAAAAAGAUAACAAUCGAAUCCUAAUAAAUAUUUUCUACAAAAGACGUCUUAGGUAUCCAAGAUACAUGCAAUAAGGCGAACGAAUAAAUCCGCAUUAUUGAAGAA